GUGGAAUAUUGGGACUAUUGGUGAUUAAAUAUGGAUCCAGCACUGUUACGCGAAAGGGAGGCGUUUAAGAAAAAGGCACUCGCAACGCCAAGUAUAGAAAAGAAGAAGAGAGAUGACUCCCAAUUUAAAGAUGAGUCUAAGAAGUCCAAAUCAAAGUCAUCAAGCUCUGUUAAUGCACAGCCUAAGAUUGAUGCUACGAACUAUAAAACAAUGACGGGCAGCUCUUCAUAUCGAUUUGGAGUGCUUGCCCGUAUUGUGAGACAUAUGAGAGCUAGACAUCAAGAUGGUGACGACCAUCCCUUGACACUAGAUGAAGUGCUGGAUGAAACCAAUCAACUGGAUGUUGGUAACAAAGUUAAACAGUGGCUACAAACAGAAGCUCUACAGAAUAAUCCAAAGAUAGAAUGCACGCCUGAUGGAAAAUAUAUUUUCAAAGCUGUCUACAAAAUAAAGGAUAAAAAGUCAUUGCUUAGGUUAUUAAAACAACAUGACUUAAAGGGAUUAGGAGGGAUUUUAUUGGAAGAUGUACAGGAGUCUUUGCCACAUUGUGAAAGAGCUCUUAAACAUUUAGCUCAAGAAAUCCUGUACAUCACUAGGCCCACAGAUAAAAAGAAAAUAUUAUUCUAUAAUGAUAAAACAGCCAAAUUAGAUGUGGAUGAAGAAUUCGUUAAAUUAUGGCGUGCUACUGCUGUAGAUGCGAUGGAUGACGCAAAAAUAGAAGAAUACUUAGAAAAACAGGGUAUUAAGUCAAUGCAAGACCAUGGACCUAGAAAACCGAUAGCACCGAAAAGGAAAAAGGCCUCUCAAAAGAGAAGACAGUUUAAGAAACCUAGAGACAAUGAACAUUUAGCAGAUGUUCUUGAGACAUAUGAAGAUAACACACUGACACAAAAAGGCGUAUCAAUAAAAUAAAUAUUUUGAUUAGCUCA